ACUUGUAGACGAAAUGGUGAUAACACACCCCUAGUCCUUGUUAUGUAUUCGAUUCGAAGUAAAUCAUUUCUAAUAGCCAUAGCUGUGUUAGGUUUUUUUUUUUGAAGAUUUUGGAAUUCAAUUUUAAAAGGAUAUCCAGGAUUAUGCAGAUUUCGUAUUAUAAUCCUAGUACCUACCUAAAUAUUGGAUAUCCCGAUUCUAAAGUUCAAUCAUAUUUAUAUAAAUCGUUUAGUUAGUUUCUGCUCCUUCGCUAAGCAAGGACAAUCAAAUCAAUGGCAUUGCAUUUUUUUUGUGUAUUUUUGACCUUUUUUUUUUGUUUUCUUAACUUUGUUUUUCAAAAAAAAAUUGAAAAUAAUAUUUUUUUAAGGUGAAACUGUGGAGUUAUUUUAUCAUUGAAGGAUAGGUUUAUUAUAAUAAAUAAAACCUGUGAUGUGAAAAAGGUGUGGACAUUUUUUGGAAAAGAAGAAGACAUUUUGUGUAUUCAGUGAAUAUGAGAGCUGGGAGCUCUAAGGAUACAAAAACUUAAGGCAGUGGAUUUAUGAAAAAAGGGCGAGGACGAAAAUAUUGUGAUUGUUCCUAGGAUUCAAUUUCAUGAGAAAGAUACAAAAAAAUUAUAUUGAUAGAAAUCUUUGGAAGUGUCUGCACGUUUAAGAAGGAAAUAAUAAUAAUUGUUGAAAUGUUCUAAUUGAAUCUACAUACCUAUACAAAUCACUGCCGCCAGUGUUUAACAUUUAUUAACAAUCAAAUGCAAUACUUGCAAUUUAUUUAUUAUAGUAAAUUAAAAAUAUUUGUUUACACUUAGAUAGAUAGACUUUUAUUUAUUAAUGAAAUAAUUUAAUACAUUUUUUUUACUAAAUUAUCAUUAUGACUAAAAGUUAAGAAACUAUGAAAUAAACUAUUAAAGCAAAAAAAAAAGCAAUAUUGUAUAAAUUAAUAUCAGUGCCAUAGUAAAUACAAAAAUCUCAACAAAAAAAAAUGGGAAAAGAUCAAGAAUUUCUCGAGGCCGCUAGAAAUGGAAACAUAACAUUGUUUGAAAAAAUUUUGAUCCAAAAGAGCAAACGUGGAGGUCCAUUAGCAAGCUUACGUCGAGGACCCGGUAUUAACGUUCAAGAUAGUGUUGGCUAUUCUGCACUACACUAUUCUGCCUUAAAUGGACAUACUGAUAUUGUUCGCCUACUGUUAUUUCAUGAUGCUUCGCCAAAUUUACUUGAUUCACGUGGUUCUUCUGCCCUGCAUUUGGCAGCUUGGGCUGGUCACCAGGAAAUUGUUAAAAUGCUACUUACCCAUCCAUACAAACCAGCCAAUCCCGAUAUGCAAACUAUGGAAAACGAAACUCCUUUACAUUGCGCUGCACAACAUGGUCAUACUGGUGCAUUAACUACACUUUUAGCACAUGGCGCUGACCCAAACGUACGAAAUAAUAGAAAUGAAACGCCAUUAGAUUUGGCUGCCCAGUAUGGUCGAUUGCAAGCAGUUCAAAUGCUUAUAAGAGCCCAUCCUGAGCUUCUACAACCAUAUAGCAUUGAAACAGACUCCACAUCAUCGUCUGUGUCGUCUGGUGGCGCAGCUGCAGCUGUGGUCAAUCAUUCGGCAUUGCAUUUGGCUAGUCGUAAUGGUCAUAAUAAUGUCGUUGAAAUUCUUCUUGCUGCUGGUGUAAAUGUAAAUCUUUUAACACCCUCUGGUACAGCCCUUCACGAAGCAGCAUUAUGUGGUAAAGAUGUUGUGGUUCGAACAUUAUUAGAACAUGGUGCUGAUUUGAAUGCGACUGACUCUGAAAAUCGAACACCUUUGGAUGUUCUUCAAGAAUUUCCUCCACAUGUUACUAAAAGCAUCAUAUCAGUUAUUAAUAGCUUUAGGAGUCAUGAAAAUGAGGAUUUGUAUGAUCGAUAUGCUUCUGAAGAAACCGAUGAACCAUCAUCGACAAUGGGCAAGGAGAACAAAUUAGGAUUUCCAAACCAUUCCGACUCUAUUAGCGCAUCAGUAUUAACACAAAGUUUCGAACAAUCGAAUUUAUCCGAACAUCAGGCACAAGUUUCUUCAAAUGGUGAAUUAGCGGAUUUUUAUGUUAAAAUGGAGCCAAUUAAAAUACAAAAAGCUGCACCGAAAAAACCACCCCGCCGAAAUCUUUCCAUAUCACCAACGCACUUACAGAAUUUCUUUUUAAAUAACGAACUGAUUAGGCAUAAUAUGGAAAUUUGUGGUAAUAAUACUGCUGCUGAGAAUACAGCACUACAAGCUUCGUCAGAAAACUCAUUACAAAAUCAAGCUUCAUAUGGAUAUAUAUGCACAAAUAGCUCGGGAUCAGCUAUAUAUAGUAGUGAAGAAAAUCUUAUAAAUUCAAACAACCCAACAACAGGAAGAAAUAGUUCCUGGUACUCGCAUUCGGAGGAUAUGGAAAAGGCUCCCACUACAGAUUUUAAGCCCGUACCAGCCCCUAGAAAACUAAAGAAUUCUUUUCAAUCUUUCGAAAAUGCAACUCUCAAAUCGUACAAUCCUAAUAGAAGACUUAAACGGAAUAGAGAACACUACUUUGCAAAAGGUCAAUUUAGUUUAGCUAUAAGUACCAGCUGCGGUAAGCAACAGCAUCUUCCGGAAAAUCUUAGAACAUCAAAUCCAACUCCGGGUAAAAAUGAAAAGAUAACUUCCAGAAGGCCAUUGAGUCAGGAACACAAAUUCCCACCUGAUUAUUUACAUCAAAACCUUCUUGAAGAAGCUGGAAUUUCGCCUCAAGAUAAUAAUCCCUUAUCGCUCUGUAAUUCUAGUGGCUCAAUAAGUUCUGGGGUAUCGCUUUCAGAUCGUAGUUUAUCUACAGAUUGUGUAGAGGAAUAUGUUGGCGAUGAGCCAUUUGCCGGCUUAUUCAAGGGUUCAACAAUGAAUCUUAGCAAAGUAUGUUCCAAUAAGACCAAAGGUUUUUAUUCAUCCAACAACGAAUAUCAUAGCAAAUCAUCAGUUAUAAGAUCUCGACGAGAUCUUGAAGACAUAUACAAACAUGCGGCAUCAUCUACAACCGAUUCACAAUCAGAAUCCUCAGACGAAGCCUCUAUUACAAUAAUGAAUGACAAAGUGAAUAUACGAAGUCGAAUUAAAAGAGACAAACGUUUAGGCUCUGAUCGAAGAAAUAAAUUUAAAGAAUCUCAAAAUAUACGAAAAAUUCGACCAUUUUCAUCAUGUGAAAAUAAUACUCAAAAAAUGACAUCUUCAACAUCUGCUGCAAUGAUGAAGAAUGCUGAUUGGAAAAACGAUUGUUCAAGCUCAUCUGGAACACCUCCUGCUUCGUCGUCUGCUGCUAUGAUCAACGUUAAUAAAUCUAUAUCAGUUAAAAAUGACCAAUCAUCUCCAUCAGUCGAUGUUAAACCUACGAACAUGGCUUCCUGUAGACCCUCGAAAAUUCUGAGUUCAUAUAAUGAACAAGAAGCUUGGGAUAAGCUAUCGCAAAUCAUGGAAACCUUUGGCAAUAGUACUUUAAACGGGUUAAACUCAUUUUGGGAUCCUGAUGAUAUAAAUCAAAGCAGAGAAUAUGACAAGCUUGCCAAGUUAUUGGAUAAAAACGGAUUGAGGCAUUUGGAACGCUCUUUAUACAAUAGCGGUUAUGAUAAUUUUAGGUUUUUGAAUGGAAUUAUUGACGAUAAAGAUUUACCCGGCAUGAAUAUCUCUGGUGAAGAUGCACAAAAAUUAAUGACAUUUGUCAAGACAUUGCCAUAUGUUAAUUUUAUGACUCUUGCUGUUGAUGCAACUUUGGAUCAAUGGCUGAAAAGUAUUCAGUUAAUUGAAUAUAGUGAAAAUUUUAAAAAGCAUUUAUACAAUACUCUGAAAAGUGUUUGCGGUGUUUGGGAAAUUGAAUUACAAACUGUAUUGGAAAUUAAUAAAAUCGGACAUCGAAAACGUAUUUUACAUUCUGUUGCUCAAAUUCGCCAAGCUGGUGAUGUCAAAAGCUCAUGCGAUAAUAUAACGAAUAAAAAUAGCACAUCCAAGGAGAAUAAUCCUAAAGGAACUUUGGGGCAUCCUAAAAAAAAUCGACCAGCACCGAAACCACCAAUUAAAACUUUAGAAAUCCGUGCGCCAUCAGAAUUACUUAUAGGCUUACCCCACAAUCUACACAUAAAAUGGCCACAUUCAACAUGCUCACUCAUAUCAAAUAGUUUAAAGUACGAAGUCUGUUACCUUGGGUCGACUGUUGUGAAAGAACUUCGAGGAACAGAGACAACUCGCAAGUCUAUACAAAAACUAAAGCGUGUUGGUGAGAUGACCAAUCAAAAUGGAUCGAGUGAAAAACAGUCAAUAGUUCAGUUAUCUAUUUCAUAUCGAGGGGUUGAAUUUAUUGAUCUUCUUAAAAGUGAGACUAUUUGCGAACAUGAAAUUCGUAAUAUCAACUGUGCUUGUCAAGAUGCAGAUGAUAUGCGUCAUUUUGCAUAUAUCACCAAGGAUAAUGGCUUAAAUUUGCACUACUGUCAUGUUUUUAAUGUGGAUAAUAUGCAUUUGGCAAUGGAGAUAAUUUUGACGUUGGCUGAAUCUUUUGAGGUUGCAUACCAGAUGGCUCUACGAAAUACACCGAUUUACAAAAGUACAGAGCAUUUGCUUAACACAAUUAACUAAAUCAUAGAUGAAGAAUGAUGGAAAGCUUUUUUAAAUUUAAUGAAUGGUAAAAUCGAAACUAUUUGCCAUCAUAAACUUUUUAAAAUUGUUUUAAAGGAUUUGAGGGAUAUUUUUAACAUGUUUUCAGCGAAGCAGUAUUUUUUUUUUAUUAUGAAGUUGCAAUAUAUAAUAAUAAUAAUUCAAAGAUAAAUCAGCUACCUUCCAUAUAUUUUUUAAAUUUAGUUUUUAUUUUGAACAUUUCUUCCAAACGAAUAGACCGAUUUCAACGAAAUUUUUUAUACAAAAGCUCUUAAGUACGUGGUUUAAAGAAAGGCUAUACUCCUUUCUAGACCACAUAAUUGUUUAGAAUAAGAAAUGUUAAUUUUGACUAAUCCAGCAACAUCUACCAAUCCUAUAAGUAAAUUUCUUUUACGAGAAAGAAUUACAAAAAAAAUUUUUUUUAAUUAUUUUGUUUUUGGGCUUUGAUUAACAGCUAGUUAAAACUUUCUCUGGGGUUGGGGUCGAAAUACUGUAUGUUGCAAAAUUCUGUAUUCAAAAUACUGUAUUCCAAAAUACUGUAUGUCAAAAAUCUGGUUGUGCAAAAUGCUGUACGAGCAAAAUUCUGAAAGUCAAAAAUUCUGUAAAAAAUACAGUAUUUUGCCGUACAGAAUUUUGUAUUUACAGUAUAAUGACAUACAAAAUUAAGGUCUUACAGUAUUUUGACCGCACAGAAUUCUGUCAUACAGAAUUUUGACAAUGACCCGCUCCUUUUUUUUAGAUUCAUUUAAAAAUAUGUGUUCUUUUUUUUAAGAACGAAUAUUUUAUUGUUUCUUUUUUUAAGCUUACAUAAUAAAUUUUUUCUGCACUCCAAAGUUCUGUAUGAUCAGUGUCUACGUUCUUUAAUUGAGGCGAUCAGAAUAAUAAAUGGAUCAAGACUAUUUGAAAUUUGUGCAUUAUACAGGCUAUUGAGCAGCUUUUUCUUAGGAACUUUUGAAAAAAAUGUCUCACAGAUUGAUAACUCUAUACCUCCAGCUGCAACAUUUCUUUCCUUCAUUAUAUUUAAGAUAAAACUAUACACUUAAUUUUUAAGACCUUUAAACAUCCAACUUGUAGAGAAAUGGACUUGUCCUAUUACUACUCUCAACGCCUCAAUUGUGGUGGAGAAAAGUUUUGAAUCCAAAUGAAGUUCAUAAAAAAAUGAACUACGUUCUAAAUUACAAUCUUUUUUGAUAUACAGAACGAUAUACAGAACGUAGGCACAAAUUUGUUUUGAAAAAAGUACAACUUUUCUUUUACUAUUUACAGAAUUUUGGAAAACAGAAAUAUUUAAAAUCCAAAAUUUUUAAACACAGGAUUAUGAAGUUCUAAAUUUUGAAUUUACAAAUUUUUGCAUGGUAAAUGAAAUGCUUUGACCUAUAAAAUAGUCUGAUGUUACUUCCUUUUAAAUUCAGAAUUUUUACAGAAAAUAGUUUUAAAAUCAAACUUUCGAAAUCAAAUAAU